CGCUUGCUAUUAUUGCUUCCGAUCCUCUAAAACAUGAAGGUAAAUCUGGCCUAUUACAUGCAUGCACCAAGAACGCAGUAAAAGUAAAUUCUGAAACUUGACCUAAUUAAGUGUGUCUUUUUAUGUUAUGGUGCAGCAAAAAAUAGUUAUCAAGGUGCAACUGAGCAGUGAAAAAUGCAGAGCCAAGGCCAUGAAGAUUGCCGCUAAAGCAGAUGGUGUGAGCUCGGUGGCAGUAGAAGGGUCAGAUAGAGAUCAGUUGGUGGUGGGUGGCGAAGGUGUUGACCCGGCUAACUUGACCAGAUCGCUAAGGAAGAAGCUUUGCCCAGCUGCCACCCUAUUGAGCGUCGAACAAGUGAAGGAAAAAGUGGAAAAAAAUCCGGAAGUUAUAAUUAGCUCUUCACAAAGUGUUCCCAACUUUUCAGAGUUACAAGCGUGUUAUCAAGUAUAUCAAGCACCAUUUCCCAAUUACUAUAUAUAUGAAGCCGUCGACGAUCCGUGUCCAAAUAUCUGCUCCAUCAUGUAAUCGUCCCGGCCGUCCCCCAAACCUUUGUUUCUGUUAAGUUUGGCGCACUAUAGAUAUAUAUGUUGCUUCUAGCGUCACCUUAGAGUACUGUGUUAAUCAGGUAAUUCUUCCUGUUUUUAGAUUGGUCUUUUGGCCAUUAAUGCAUGGCUGAAAUAUAAAAUAAGCACUGUUUUAGAUUCUACUUCAUCGUCCUCACUAUUGGUGUUU